AUGCUGCUCCAGCCGAUGAACAACCUGCGACAAGCCGCCGUCCCGGCCGUUCAUCCCGUCUCUUGGGUCAUGGGCGCCCGACGAGAAAACAUGGGGCUCAAGUGCGCGGAUCCCUACGAGCCUGAUGUCGACGCCGACCUCCGGGCCAAGGAGAGGAACCCCAGGGAGCACCCCGACGCCGACUACAUGUCCAAGAUGCAGCAGGGCCACCUGAGCCCGUCCAUGCGCGCCGAGCUCGUGCUCUGGAUGGACGCGUUCGCCCGGAACCUCGGUGGCCUCCCGGAGGGCAUGCUCUGCCGCGCCGUCGCCUACCUCGACCGCGUCCUGUCCGUGCGCCCCGUUCCGGCCCACGACGAGGCGCUCCAACUCGUGGCCGCCGCCGCCGUCUCCCUCGGCGCCAAGCACGAGCAGUCCUCCAGCGGGCGGAGGCUCGACGCCCAACUCGUCGAGGCGUUCCUGGGGACCACCGUGCACAUGGUGGAGGAGAUGGAGUGGGAGCUCUUCAUGGAUCUCGGCUGCGCCAUGGACGGCCCGACCGCGUACACCUUCGUCGACCACUUCACGAGGUUCUUCCAGUGGGAGAAUGAGCUCUUGGUGAGGUCCCUGGCGCUUCGGCUGGUCAACCUGACGUUGCCAUUUUUCGGGUUCGUUGGACGGAUCCUGCCGUCGGCCAUGGCUGCAUCGGCGCUGUUCCUCGCCAGGCAGAUCCUCGGCGUGCCGUUGAGCCACGAUCUGGAGGAGGUGAUGGGGUACAAGGCGGUGGAGUUGACGGGUUGCAUAUGCGCCUUAGAGAAGCUGCUUCCCAAGAAAAAUCUCUAA